AAGAAAAAAAUAUGAUUUCAAAAAGCUGUGUCUUUUUUAUCCUUUUUAUUUCGGUUUGCCUUUUUUCCGUUCCUCUUGAGGAAGUUUGGUUCUUUAUUCCUUGUCUUUCCCUGUUUGUAAUUAAGUUGAUUUUGCGCGUACAUGCUUUGCCUACCGUAAAUGCUGAAUCCAAUAAGGCUGAACCAUCGUCAUCAACCUUCAACCUCAUCCACUGGGUCUUCGGCUUCUUCGUCGUCAUCCACCCGUCCCGCUCUACCGCAGAUCCUCACCCAUUCAGCGUCCAAUGCGGUUCAUAUAUCUAGAAGUACAGCACCGACAUCGAGACGAGUGAGGUCACAUUGGUUCACUCACUUUGCUCUCAACUGGCGUCGAAGUUCCCGUGCGUCGAAAUUCAUUCUUUCAUUUUCCAUGACGUUGGUGGCCGUACAGAUUAUCGCUAGUGCUGCGGUGCUGACCUUUUCCUGGGACGCUUAUUGCGAUAAACCCCUUCGAGUGUUUAUCGUUGUGUACAUAUUACGCCUUAUUUUAUCCUCUCCUUUAAGUAUAUAUCUUCAUUUGAUUCCCAGUCGCCGCCAAACCACCAACAAUAUCAUGAGGGCCGAACAAGGCGAAUCCUAUAUCAUGACUGAACGGACGAGCGUUCCUAAUCCGAUACCUCCCACGAAUCCAUCGUUACCCGCUUUUGCGCCCUCUACGAUAACUUCUGCACGUCCCGCAUUACCUUCCAUAACAAACCCCAUGGCUGCCAACGAUACCACACUGACAGCUUGGAUUGAUCGUGCCAAGUCAGCUCUUGACCUGUUCGCGGUGUUAUGGUUUGUCAUUGGCAAUUAUAUGAUAUUUACAUCCAAUACCUGCUCGGAGACCGCGGUUUCAUUGUAUUACUUAUCGCUGGCCAUCAUUGUCUAUGGUUACAUCAUCAUUACUGUUCCUAUUCUUUUAUGCACCUCUGUCAUCUUUUGCUUACCGUGUGUUUUGGUCGGCAUGCGCUUACUUCACGUAAGCGAGGGCAUUGAUAUGGGCGGAGCCACCAGUGAAGAAAUUGCGAGGAUUCCAUGCUAUCGAUUUAAAAAAGACCGAGCCACUUCUGUUUCGAAUUUAUCCCAUCCGUCCGAACGUCCGAAUCUCCCAGAGACUGAUCUAGAACUCCACACUAUUCCUUCCGAAACGGCAUUGAAAAAUCUUCCUAAUCCUCCUCUUGGAUUUCUUGAUAAACUGUGGCUUCGAUUAGGGCUCACAGAACCUUCAGGUCGAACGGAUGAAUCCGAUUACGAAGAAUUAAAGAUUUCCAACGAACAGGACCAAGUGUGUGCCAUUUGUCUGUCCACCUAUGAAGAUGGAGAUAUUCUUUGCAGAUUAUGGUGUAUGCAUCACUUUCACAAAGCUUGCGUUCAUGAAUGGCUGGCUUUAAACUCUCGAUGCCCUAUGUGCAAGAGAGACUCACGAGGAAAGGACAGCCCUUUGAAUACUGUUUAGUGGCCCUCUUUACUUUGCAAUAUGUUCAAUCGUUGAUCGUUUUCUUUUUUUUUUUCACAUCACAUUUUGUUACUCCAUAAUUCUUAUAUCUUUUCUUUUAUCGUCGUUAUUUUCCAUACAUAUCUUGCCUGUAUCAUAGUAACUGUUAAAGCAUUUAUCUUUAGGCCUGGCGCCUUGACUCAUUUAUAUUUUUUUGCCGC